ACAGAGUUAGCUAAUGGUGCUAGUUUGGUUGCUAACUUAGCAGUCGUCACCGCCGUUCAAAGAAGGCUAGAAUGUUAGCCGAGUGAACCAAAGCGAUGUCAAGUAAUAACCUCCCACCGGUGCGCCAUUUGCCGCACUGGACCCGAGUUGGGCAUCUCGGGAAACCUGGUUCUCCACGACGUUUACCGGCGAAUCAGCUGCAGCCGCUGCCUGCUGUCCAUUCAGCGGGUAGAGGAGCCGGGAGAGCAGCAGAGCUGUCCCUUCACAGCGACACGGACCCCCGCGUCGCAUCAAUGCAGAGGAAUAUCCAGUUCCUGCAACAACAACACAAGGAAACUCUGGAGAGGCUCCAUUCAGAGAUAGAGUAUCUCAGACGGGAGAAUAAAGAGUUGCAGUAUAAGCUGAUAAUGGACUCUCCCAAGUCAAGUAGAAAAGGACCGGCAUACAGUCGUCGAGGUGUUAGACCACCUACUCAGGGAAGUGAAGCUCGUACGGGACUCUACCUGGAGGAGCCGCUGCAGGACACACGACCCUCACAGGACCAGGCACUGAGCAUUGGAGAGUGUAGCGAAAUUCCAGGAUCUGCCAUGCAGGACCACAGCCCAGAGGUGAAGGGGGGUCUCAUCACUUCAUUACUGCCUCUACGAAUUCACAGCGGUCCUUCCCAUCCACCGCGCGCUCCCACACUACAGGAGUGUGAGGUUAUCAUUCGACAGCUCUACAAUGCUAACAGUUUGCAGUCUCAGGAAAUUAUACGUGUGAAGGCAUUGCUGAGAGAUAUUGUUUUGAGCAAGAAAAUCACCCCAGAAAACUACAUUCUGACAAAGGCCUACCUAGUUGAUGGUACUCGCAAAUCUUCUGAAGAGAAGAAAUUUCCAAAACUUGGUCUUCUAACAUUUCCAGAAAAAAUGUCUGGACCCUCUCAGUCUGGUGUGGUCCUCCCAGCCCUCAAACAGAGCCUCAGCUCAACCAUUGCAGAAAGACAGAGGAGGACCCGUGCCGUACAGAGAGACCGUUUCAAAAGGACGGUGCAGUGACAAGGUUAAAACUACCACAGUGUCAGCUGCAUCCACCUCAGGACUGGGGUUCUCACAGUUCUUCUGAAAAACCUUAGCCACAAAAACCGAAUGUACUUUUUGGAAUAAAUUCUCAGUAGUCAAAAUACAUCUGAAGUAUUUAUGUUUAGUGAUUUAGACAUAAAUACCCAUUAUAUCACUCUUUUUUAAAAAAGAGUGAUAUAAUGGGUAUUUAUAAAAAGAGUGAUA